UCGCUCACGCUCUUGGCAUGUGAUCGGUUUCUAGAAAACCUCUCUCUCUGGAAUUUUAGGGCAGGACCAGAUCCAAAGACUCCAGGUUGAAGAGAAUUCCUGUCGAUCUCUCUUCUGGUCUCCACUUCCAUUUGGUUUCUCUCCUCGAUAUGAGCACGGGGAAGGCUUGGAUUCGCCACAUUUUUCUUCCCCAAUUUGGGCAGUAGGAAAGCCAUAUGAGCUGUUCGGUUGAGUCUUUUAACCCUUGCCAUCUUAUUGUUAAGAUCUGGUAUUUGUACAUUUUGGUGUCAUUAAGAUGGGUGGGGGUCUGGGCUGCCAGAAGACUGGGAGAACAGCCACAAGAGAAGCAUUAGUUAGAGCUUAUCAUAUUUCUCUCCUGCUUUCUCCUGUCAUUUCCUUUUGGGAUUGCAUUGUUCGCAAAAUCAGAUACUCCUUCAGACCUGAAUGGGUGUAGUAUUAUUAUGUUGGUAACUGUUGCAGUAGUUCCUUUUGCAAGAAGAGUUCAGUAAUUUAUGAAAAAGUUUAGGUAAGAUGGUAUUGGAAGUGAUUCUAUUUCAUUAGUAGUCAUUUUGAAGAUAUUAAGCUAAGCCAGUUUUUAGAGAGAGAGGCAAUCAUGGAGAAAGUCGGAUGUGGUCAAGCAGGUGCAGUCCUGAAGAAAGGGAAGAAAAAGCAGGCCAAAGAUGAGGUGGAUCGGCUCAAGCAAGCUGAGAAGAAAAGGAGGCGCUUAGAGAAAGCACUGGCAACCUCAGCAGCCAUACGCUCUGAGUUGGAGAAGAAAAAACAGAAGAAGAAAGAAGAACAGCAGCGGCUUGAUGAGGAAGGUGCUGCAAUAGCUGAGGCUGUUGCCCUUCAUGUCCUUCUAGGGGAAGAUAAAGAUGAAUCCUGUCAUUUCAUGUUGAACAAUAAUAAAAGAUAUAAUCCUGGGGAUUACUCGUGCAAUUUUGACCUUUUUAUGGGUCAUCAGGGUUUUGCAAAAUAUUCUGUCGAGGGACUGGGAUGGGCCACUGAUGCAUAUGGGCCGGCAUGGAAGUGGAAUAAUUGGGUUCUUGAACAGUCGCCGCCUGCUGCGGUGCACGCAAGAUAUCUCCAAACACCGUACCAUGAGGAGACAUGUCAAAGAGCAGAUCUAUCUGCGGGGCAAAUAGCGGCACAGGCAGUCUCAUCACUUCAAAUUGCAGAGGAUUCAUACAAUGAACAAUUUGCUGGUCAAGGAGUGGCAACUGUUGUCAUCAAUAGGAUGCUGGGAGGCAGCAACAUGGGUAACAAAGUUAAUUUUUACAGGUAGUUAUAGCUGCACUAUAUGUGGACUUGUAUAUAGUUGUCACAAAUGAGCUUUCAACCAUUUUGAGUGAGAUAAAUAUCUUCCUGGUCUGAUGCUAUAUCCUUGUCUUGUUAUGAAAUGUCUGUGUUAAGGUGUGUCUGAAGGAGUUUGCCAUGUUUGCUGUUUAAGAACGCUGUGGAAAGACCUGCUUGUUGUGUUUUCUUGUUGAACAAUAAGACUGGUAUAACAUAUGCAGUCCAUUAUAAGCUGUUGCUUUGUUAAUGAAUUCUCUUUUUAAGUUCUUGUUU